AUGGCAAAUGCGUCUGUAAUAGACGAAAUAAAUCUUGAAGAUUAUAUUCUAAUAUGGCUUGAUAUUUCAUCGAGUAUUCAGCAAUCAUUUCGAACAUUAAUUAAUCAUUUUAAAAUAUUUGAAGAUAUUAAUCAAUGUGAAAAAUAUAUUCAAUCAUUGUCAAUUGAUGAUCGAAUUAUUUUAGUUGUUAAUGAUUGUAAUGAUCAAGAAUUAAUAAAUCAUAUUCAUCAAUUUCGACAAGUUUAUUCGAUAUAUAUUUAUUCUAAAACUAAUCAACAAUGGAUCAAACAAUUUCCUAAAAUCAAAGGUAUUGUACCAGAAUUGAAUGAAUUACUUGCUCGAAUUCAUAAAGAUCAUGAAACAUUAUCAAUCAAUAUAUUUCAAACAAAUAUUCCAGAUGAAUUUUCUACAACUGGACUUAAUGGUCAAUUUCUUUAUUUUCAAUUAUUAAUUUACGUUCUUCUUCGUUUAAAAUCUAAUUUGCAAGAUACUAAAAAUGAAUUUAUUUUAUUCUGUGAGAAUGAAUAUAAAGAUAAUAUAAAUGAAUUAAGAAUUAUUGAUGAAUUUAAAGAAAAUUAUUCAUCAAAAAAAGCUAUUUGGUGGUAUACAAGAGAAUCAUUUCUAUAUAAAAUAUUAAAUAAAGCACUUCGAAUACAAAAUAUUGAUUUAUUAUUUCUUUUCCGUUUUUUUAUUCAUGAUAUUGAAAAACAACUUCGAUUAAAUCAAUGUACAUCAUUUAUUCGUGUUUAUCGAAGUCAAUUAAUAUCAAAGUAUGAAUUCGAUCUAUUAAAAAAUUCAAUUGGGCAAUACAUUUCAAUGAAUUCAUUUAUUUCAACAAGUCUUAAUCGUGAGCAAGCUCUUUCAUUUCUUCAUCCAACAAAUAAUGAUUUUCAACAAAUUCUUUUUGAAAUUAAUGCUGAUCCAUCAUUAGAUAAUAUUCAACCAUUUAGUAAUAUUACAAAUUUAAGUUAUUUUUCUAAUGAAGAAGAAAUAUUAUUUAUGUUAGGAUCAAUUUUUCGUAUUAUUAAUAUUGAUCGAGAUAAGAAGAAGAAGAAUAUAUGGGUUGUACAAAUGAAUUUAUGUAGUAAUAAUGAAUCUAAUUUAAAAUCUAUAUUUGAACAUAUGAAAAAACAAUAUGGUGACGGACAAACAAAUCUUCUUUCAUUUGGAAAAAUUCUUUGGACAAUGGGAAAAUAUAAUGAAGCCGAAAAAUAUUUUUUUCGUCUAUUAAAUGAAUUACCCAAUGAUCAUGAAUAUAUCAGUUAUUGUUAUCGAGCACUUGGAAAUGUUGCUGAUGAUAAAGGUGAUUAUGAUACAAGUUUAAAAUGGCAUUUAAAAGCAAUUGAUCAAAUGACUAAAACAUCGGAAAUAAAUAAUUCACUUCUAGGUGAAAGUUAUAAUGGUAUUGGUUGUGUUUAUGAUGCUAAAGGUGAAUAUGAACAUGCACUUGAAUUUUAUAAAAAAGCAUAUCGUAUUUGGAAAGAAAUCUAUGGUGAAGAUCAUUUAAAUAUAGCCGUAUGUUUAAAUAAUAUUGCUUGUAUUUAUGCAGAAAGAAAACAAUAUUCUAAAGCAUUACAAUAUUAUCAAAAUGUAUUAACUAUUCGUCAAAAACAUCUUCCAACAAAUCAUUCGGAUAUAGGUGCAGCUUAUAACAAUAUUGGUGAAAUAUAUCGAUGUCUUGGUGAAUAUGAUUUAGCAUUAAAAUAUUUAAAUUUAUCUAUUGAAAUUUAUCAUUUAACACUUCCUUUACAACAUCCUGAUCAAGCUGAAGUUUUAAUGAAUAUUGGUCUUGUUUAUCAAAAUCAAAAUCAUAAAAAUCAAGCAUUAGAUUAUUAUGAAAAAGCAUCAAAGAUUUAUCAUAAAAUAUAUUUACCAACACAUUCUUAUGUGAGAAAAAUCGAUGAAUUAAUUGAAAAUAUUCGUUCUUUAUAA